AUGAAUACACCCACCCUUCUUCCUGUGCCCUACUUUGCGCCAGAAGAACAGCUGCCCGGCCCGCUUCCUACGUUUGAGGAAAUACUCGCGGGAAAGGAAGCAGAUGGGUAUGAUGAUCCUGAAUGUGUGCAGAUCGGGUGGAAGCAAGUGAACCGCGUUGGUGAGCAUUUCGUGGUUAAAUUUGGGGCUGGCGUCAACUUCCUUGAUGGCCAGAACCUGAACUUCGUCAAGAACAACACCUCCAUCCGAGUCCCGGCCCUGUACGCCAUGUACGAGCGCGAGCAUGAGGGCAAAAAUAUGCUGGUAAUCGUCAUGGAGGCCAUUGCGGGAAUGACUCUCGAACAGAAGCUCCCAGACCUCGAUGCUGCGGGGAGAGAAGCUAUCACGAUGCAGCUACGAGCUUGCUUCGACCAGCUCCGAGGCAUUCCAUCGCCAGAUUAUUACAGAAAUAUAGCCCGUCAACCGGACGACUUCGAGGAAGGGCCGUUCACCUCAGCUGAGGCAGCGAGCCACAACAACGUCAUACACUGUUUCCUCCACGCCCCUGGGAGUACUGGUCCACCUGUCUUCACCCACGGAUCAUUGCACGUCGCGAACGUCAUUGUUCAGCCCGACGGAGCCAUCUCUAUAAUUGACUGGGAAGACGCCGGAUUCUACCAAGCGUACAUCGAGUACCUCGGCGCUAUAAAGAUGGAAAUGGGCACUGUAGAAUGGAAAACUGAGAUGAUCCCUGGAAUCCUCGAUAGCUUUCCUGAACAGUUGAAGCUGGUGCUCACGCUUAGAGAGGAAUUUGACAGCAGAGACGAUGAGUUUGAUCGCGAUGAGGAUGAAUUGUAUCGCCGUUCCGAGUCGAAGCAAUAA